GUCGGCCGCUCCAGUUGGUUCAAUUUCCUUACCCCCUUCGUAUCUCUCGGGUAAGAGCCUCUUCGGCUUUCACUUUAAUCCUCUGCUGUCAUCACGUACUGAUCGCGUCUUCAGACGCGUCGAGGUCGCGUCGCCUUAAUACUAACCAUGGAGAACGCUGCUCAGUUUGAGGUAAAGAAGCUGCAGCUCAUCACCGCGCUCACCAGCGUGGCCGAUCAAAUGCGCACCUGUGCAAGCAUUGCCGACCAGUUCGGGCAACUGCUGCGUGAAAUGCCGGCAAGCCCAAAUGGUGCAGCGGCGGCAGCUUUCCAGCCUAUCUUCAAUGCUGCCGCGCCCCUUGUGCAGCCUCCCCCUGUGAAGGGAGGCAAACGCAAGGCCGCGGCACUUGAUGAUGAUGAUGGCAAGAAGAAGAAGAAGCUGAAGGACCCCAACGCGCCCAAGCGUCCCGCAUCGUCCUACCUUCUCUUCCAAAAUGAGAUCCGUAGAGCGAUACAAGAACAAAAUCCCACUAUGCCCAACUCGGAGCUGCUCAAGGAGAUCUCGAGACGAUGGAAGGAGUUGAGUCCGCAGGACAAAGAAGUGUAUGAACAACGUACCAGAGACCAAAAGGCGAAAUACGACAUCGCCAAAGCAGCUUACGAUCUUACGACUACCAAUGGUGCCCAGACCAGUCCUACUCCUGCGCCUGUCCAAGUCCAGCAGGUUGAGAAACCUCAAGUUAAAUCUCCCGUAGUGGCUUCCUCUAGCAGCGACUCCGAUUCGAGCGAGGAGGAUAGUGAGAAGGAGUCAGCGUCGUCGGACGACGAUUCCGACGAGGAGGAGGAGAGGGUCGAAGUCGAGCCGCCGUCCAAGAAGUCUAAAAAGGCCGCAGCAUCAUCGAAGCCCAGCGCCGCUCCGCCUCCGCAACCACCGAAAAAAUCGAAGAAAUCAAAAGCCUAAUACCGGUGGCGAUGUCAGCAGGGUAGACAUGGGGUGCAAUGUUUGUGCCUGCGCGUUACCCGGACAUAUCACCGCUUCAUCCUUGAAUGCUGAACAUUGGGUAAAGGUGUUCCUGUUCUUACCUUACGCACAUUAUAUUAUGUGUAACCAUCUUGGAUUGGAGAUUGCGUACUACUACCAGGCCGGCCGGGGCUCGGAGCCCGGCUUGCUGUGCAAAGCAGUACAUACUAUAGAUAGCUAUAUAAUGAACCUCUUGCUCCUUCA